GGAACUACAGCAGCUGGUCCAGCUACUUGUGUAUAUUGUUGACGUAUUAAUGUGCAAUAUUGCAUGCAGACAGCAUACACAUAGCGAUCACUUUCGUAAAUCUGUGCUCAAAUCAGGCUGCAUUUGUUUAAACGAAAAGCUUGCUCAAGCGGGGAUCAGACAAAAUUGCGAGACUCCAUAUUUGAACACUGUGUGACCGUGUUUGUAACAUGUACAGUAUUUAUAUCGUUUUGUACUUUUAUGCAUCGGCUUUUACAGCAAUCUGCUGAACAUAAUCAAUGAGAUUUGACUGAUUUAAAAUCCAAGUAGAUUUUAACUCUUUUGCCACUUUGUUCGCAAACAAAGUUUUAAAAGCAAGGUCUGUAUCAAAGGCGAAAGUCUGGACGGUGUUUUCAAAGCUUUUAUUUGACUUGUAUACACACGUGCGUGUCUUUGAAAGCCUUUACGUUAAAUAUGCGAGGCAGUUUGUGGAGUUCAUUUAAAACGCUGCAUUUAUUCAAGUCUGUGCUGAAGUCGAACCCUGCACUCUCUCGUUCCUGCUCCUCUGGAUAUGUGUCUCAAAUCAGGUACCUGAUGAGAUUGAAGGAGGAUGAUGAGGCGUGUCGAGAGGCGUUAAAGUCUGGCAGAUUUCUGCUGUAUUAUAAUUUUGCUCCUCUGCUGCAGAAGAGCAACAACAGUGUUUACAAACCAGCUUUUCUGAAAUCUUCAGAUUUGGUUAAAAUACUGGAAAAAGUUGGAAAGGACAAACUCUUUAUUAAUGAAUCUGUUCUUCUGGGAUGCGCUGAAAAUGGAGAAGCACAGUUCUCACUGGAAGUGGGGGAUUUAGACCGCAGUACUUUGGAGCAGCAGUGUGGAGGUGCGUUUGUGGAUCUCAGGAAAGCUUUCUUCAUGUUAAACGGACAAGAUACUCCUCUUGUGGCCAAAGGUCAGUCUCUACUUCGAUGGCACCAGACCAAUGGCUUUUGCAGUGCUACAGGGCAGCCCACCGUCAGGAAUCAGUCGGGAAGUCACAGAAUCUGUCACAGCAGUGGGAUCACAUACUACCCAAAAAUGUCUCCAGUGGUGAUUGUGUUGGUGUCUGAUGGGAGCAGAUGUCUGCUGGGACGACAGGCCAUGUUUCCUCCGGGCAUGUACAGCGCUCUCGCCGGAUUCUGUGACAUGGGGGAGUCAAUGGAGGAAGCCCUUCAUAGGGAGGUGGCAGAGGAGGUGGGUUUAGAGGUGGAGACCCUACAGUACUCUGCAUCACAACACUGGCCGUUCCCACAAAGCUCCUUUAUGGUAGCUUGCCAUGCAACUGUAAAUCCAGAUAAAACACAGGUGAGCAUAGACAAGGCAGAACUUGAGGAUGCUCGGUGGUUCACUUUUAAAGAAAUAACAGAAGCACUACAGAUAAAGAAACCGCCACGCAACCCUAAAGGAGAACCAGCUUUGUUCUGGGUCCCACCUUCUUAUGCCAUAGCCAAUCAGCUCAUUCAAGAAUGGGCCAAUCAGCAACAGCUAUCAAGAAAAUAACACGCACUCAAUGUAUUAUUGCAUAAUACAAAUGCAUCAACAAAAUAGAUUCAGUUGCUACUUUGAUGUUUUUUAGACUUGGAUAAUAUGAAAACUUGAUUUGAAGAAAAUGGAUUUGCUGUGAUAACCAACUAAUACAUUGUAAUGUGUUAAUAAUUUUAAAUGGACUUUUGGAUUUUAGUUCUACCUCAACUUACUUAAGCCCUUUUCACACAGAGAUUACGGAAAAUACACAAAAAAUUGGUCUGUGAUUUGUUCUGGAUCGUUUGAUUUUUGGUUCAUUCACACUGCCAAUGAUUUUCUGGAACCUGCGUGCAUUCACACACAUACCGUAAAGAUCCCAUAAAGACACGUAACAUAUUAAGAGUCUUGCACAUGGUAGGUUUUUUCCACAGCAUCUGAAGUUUGCUAAUUAUCUGUGAUUUCUCAUUGAGAAACCACACACGUGCAUUUUUGUUUAUGACAAGAUCAUAAGGAGCGUGUGAUGCACUUUUCUGUCAUGCUGGUGAAUGAUCUCAGCUUCAGCACGGAUAGUGACGAACUCUCUGAUCUCUGCUUCAGUUUAAUUUGCCAACAUUUCUUGUUGUGAAUGUUGAUCUGCGUUUAAAUCCUUGUGUCAAAGAGCUGAACCAUAACUAAUUGUUGCAUCCUUACUACGGCACGCCCCUUAUGGCAUUGUUUCUGCCUCACAGAACGUGUUUCCGUGAAUGUUACUGCAACGUUGUUAGGUCCUCUUUACGGGAGUGAUCCCAGAACAUUUACGGGACUUGUUGGUGUCUACACAAACCCCCUUUAUGGGAACAAAGUGCUGUGUGAAUGGGGUUUAUGAUACAAUAAAAAUGGCAUAGAUUGGAUGAAAAAUUUGUAAUUAUGAUGUCAUAACAUGUAAUGCAAUUGUGAAUAAGUGUUAACAGUGAGCAUCUACCUCAAAUACUACUAAUAGUAUCAAUCCACUAAACCAUUUUUCUGAAAGGAAAUAUUUUAAAUAAACAUCUUAUAAAAUUAUUGUUAACAUGAUAGUGACAUAAAUAACUAGUUUUGUCUAGUUUCUCAGAGAAAUUUGAGAUGACUGGAGUUAUUUAUCUUUUCUUUUCAGAUACUAAGCCUUGGAAUGAAUAUACAUAAAUGUACACAACAAUUCUGUUUUCAAUUUCUUUAGAUCCAUAUUAUUUUAAUAUGUAAAAACAGUAAGACUUUUUAAGAAUGUCAAAUAAGCUUUCUACACAAUGCAUAAACUCUGUGAUUUACACACGAAAUACAGCUUU